UCUACCGUAGUUCUGUUAGAAAACCUAUCGAAAGUCGCGCAUCUUUAGCGAAAAGUGCAAAAAAAAAUAUAUAUAUUAAUCCGCAGAAGUUUUCUUUUUUAGCAAUUAGCGCAGCAUCCAUUCAUAAAAAGUCAAAGCAUUUAUUACACUUAAGUAGUAUUAGCAGAGAUUAAAGGUUAAGGCGACCCACCAAACCCUCGCAUACUCAGACAGACGCGUACAGAAUUUCCCCUCGCUCACCAACACACACAUAAUACCUAUCCAAUGAAAGGGUCACGGGCGGCAUUUCAGUUCUUUUUCAUAUUUUUGGGCGUUCUUUGAGGUUUUAUCCUAUAGCCGUAGUUUAAGUUUGUAUAUUUGAUAAAAGAAACACAUUAUUACUUUCUGUAUUUUGCCCUCCAUUACAUUGUUAAACCCGAAUAAACAAACCAACCACACCUUUAACAAAUGAUCAACAUUCAGAGCAUAGAAAAUGUGUCCGAUUGCACUCCGCUUUACCUGCCACACAGCUUGUACCUCAAGCCGGUGGCCAAAAUGCAAAUCUCCGUAUCGCUGCCGACGAUCAAGUCCGGCAAAUCCGUGUCCAAUCUGGAGAUAAUGGACAAGCUGGGCGUCGAGCUCAAGCCGGACAAGUUUCUGCUUCUAAAGGUUUCCAAGAGCACAGUUAACACCAUACGCCUGGAAGCGGAACUGGAUGACCGCAAACGCCUUCGAUUGGCCAUCCAACGCCUGGAUGGCGUCUCCCUGCGCAUCACCGGCUUCAGUGAAUCAUUCCGGGUGCGCUGCACCGAAUCGAAAGAUGAGUUUCCCACGCGACACGACUGGGACUCGUAUUUUCGAGAUGCCCGGAAUAUGGACGAAAUGAAGGCUGGCGAAAGGCCGGACACCAUUCACCUAAGUCACUUGCCUAUGCGUUGGUUUUGUCCCCGGCACACGGAGCACGAGGAGCAGGUCAAGCCAAGCGAGAGCAUCUUCAAGCGCAUAUUUGAGAAGUUUGGACGUGUUCGCGCCGUGGAUAUACCUAUCUGUGAUCCCUAUCGGAAGAGCAUGCAAGCGGAUAUUAAUGGCAUGCGAACUUUUAGCUUCGAGCAGGAUGUUCUCUUUGAAGCAUAUGUCCAAUUCGAGGAAUACUCCAGCUUUGUACGAGCCAUGGACGAGUUUAGGGGCACUAAGCUCGUCCGGAAGUUCGUUGACAAAACCCAGGCCAUUAACAUAUGCGUCAACUUUGACAAGCAAAAGCAUCUCAGCGACUCGCACGUGCAGCGACGAGAACGCAUGCGAAAGAAGUGCAUCGCCAAAGCUCAGGCAGAGGACGAGGAACGGGAAAAGUUAAAGAAGCAAAAAGCCGAACAGUUGGAACGCGAAAGGCAAAAGCAAGAAGAAUUGAAAUUAGCUGAAGCGGAAAAACAACGUGAACGUGAGGAAAAGCGAAAAGAAAAGCAUCUGAAAAAAAUCCAGGAGCGCGGCCAGGUUGAGAUAUCGCAAAAGAUACGCGUCGAGGAGCGCAAGCUGAUGAUAGCCCAACGCAAGCUCGAGAGCAUUCGUACCCUAGAGAAGCUAUUCGAGCGGAUACAGCUAAAACAAAAAGACAAGAACCGUAGGGCGAAGCAAGAUGACGCCAAGGACAUCCAACGUGGUCGUCUGGUGGAAAAGUAUAAGGCUGCCACAGAGAAACUCGUUUGUGAUCAGCGCAAAAUCGUUCAGGACAUCAAGAGCAAUACUCCCCUCAUGGGUCUUCUGAAGAGCAAGUCCAAGAAAAGCUCGGCGCCUUUAGAUGCCAGCAGUGAUGAGGAUGCGGCGUCCACCAAAAGGCACAAGGCGAGCAACGGCGUCACAGGCUCAAAACGUUCUGAGGACCCCAAAACCGAAACUUUGAAUCCCCUCAAAGCUGUUGCCGCCAUAGCGGCUGGCGCAGUGCCUGGGGGAGCAGGUGCAUACAGUGCCGAGGCAGCCAGCGAAUGGAUGCAGUCUCUUUCAAUGUUCGGUUACGGAAUGCCCGGUGUCUUCCCCGGAGCAUUGUAUCGACCGCCGGCACCGUUUCCAGUCUCCAGCAAUUACCGUGGAUUCGCUCCACGAAUGCGGGGUCGAGGAAGAGGUCGCGGCACCGGAAUUCGAGGCAGCCGCAAACGAUUCGAUUCGUAUUACAGUUACAACGAUCGCUACACCGACGAGGAGGAUAAUGGCUACCAUCACAAGUCAACGCGUGGCAGGAAUCGUUCACGUUCCAACUCAUCAUACUCUAGAAGCCGGAGCCGCUCUAGGGGUCGCCGUAUUGUUUGUCGUUCCAGGCGCUCUCAGUCGCGCAGUCGGAGCCGCAGUCGCUCUCACUAUCGAAAAUCGUCGUACUCAUCACGAUCGAGACGCAGCCACAGUCGAUCUCAUUCGCGGAGCCGCAGCAAGACACCUUCACAGCGUAAAAACCGAAAGCUAGCCUCCACUCGCCGUUCUCGAUCGAUCAGUUACUCCCGAUCGCGCUCUCGAUCACGUUCUCACUCCCGCAGGUACUCUAGUACACGCCGCGAGAACCACAGCAGCCGGCAUCGCAGUCGCAGUCGAAACCGCAAUCGCAGUCGCAGCCGCACAUCAUCGAAAGAUGUGAAACUGGAGGCGGACAAGCUGGUGGCUUCUGCUGAGAAAAUACAGCGAACCAUCGAGCAGGCCACGAAGGACCGAAUGCGCGAAGAGGAGCGCGAGAUUAAGCAAAACUUUCGACGGCAGACGCGCAGGGAUAGUCACAAUAGCCACGGGAAUCACAUAGACGUACAACUGCCACCAGCGGACUCCAAUGACGAGGAUAGACACGGCAGCAGCAGCAGCAGCAAGCGCCGCAACUCACUGGCUGCCUAAAGUAUAAUGUAUUCAUUAGCAUAAUUAUUAAGGAGUUUGAGAAAUAAAAUGAGCAAAGUUGUCUCCAAAAA